GUUAUUGCGCAUUCUUGCCUUCUUUACGGUAAUCCUGACAGCGGAUCCGGUUGUCAGCUGAUCCUCCGUUACGGGGCGAGUGAGGAGGAGAAUCAGCUGAAGCAAAACACCGCCGGGUACCUAAAACCAUGGCCGCGGAGAUCCACUCGAGGCCCCAAACCGCCAGACCGAUUCUUUUGAACAAGAUUGAGGGCCACUCGGACACUGUCAACUCGGCCGUUUUAAUACCGAAAGAAGAUGGAGUGAUCACCGUGAGCGAGGACAGAACGAUCCGGGUUUGGCUGAAGAGGGACAGCGGUCAAUACUGGCCCAGUAUCUACCACACGGUGUCCUCUCCGUGCUCUUGCAUGUCGUACCACCACGACAGCAGACGCAUCUUCAUAGGCCAAGACAACGGAGCGGUUGUGGAGUUUCUCAUCUCUGAAGACUUCAACAAGAUGAGCCAUGUCAAAACAUAUCCAGCCCACCAGAACCGUGUGUCAGAUAUGGUGUUCUCCCUGGAGAGUGAGUGGGUGGUGAGUACCGGCCACGACAAGAGUGUGAGCUGGAUGUGCACCCAGAGCGGCAGCAUGCUGGGGAGACACUACUUCACCGCCUGGGCCUCCUGUCUACAAUAUGACCACGAGACGCAGCACGCCUUUGUGGGCGAUUACUCAGGACAGAUCACGCUGCUGAAGCUGGAGAAGCAGACGUACUCAACCAUCACGACGCUGAAGGGUCAUGAAGGAAGUAUAGCAGCCCUGUGGUGGGACCCCGUCCAGAGGCUGCUGUUCUCGGGGGCUGCCGACCACAGCGUCAUCAUGUGGGACAUCGGGGGCCGCAAGGGACGGACAUUACUGUUGCAGGGACACCACGAGCGCGUUCAGGCAAUACGUUUCCUGCAGCUGACCAGGCAGCUGUUGUCGUGCUCGGCAGACGGAGGCAUCGCGGUGUGGAACAUGGACACACAAAGAGAAGAGGCCCCCCAGUGGUUAGACAGCGACUCCUGUCAGAAGUGUGAGCAGCCUUUCUUCUGGAACAUCAAGCAGAUGUGGGACAGUAAGACCCUGGGGCUCAGGCAGCACCACUGCAGAAAGUGUGGCAAGGCUGUGUGUGGGAAAUGUAGUUCUAAACGCUCCACAUUCCCAAUCAUGGGCUUCGAGUUCCCUGUGAGGGUGUGUGACGCCUGCUUUGAUACCAUCAAAGAAGAAGAUCGAACAGCACUGGCUACAUUCCACGAGGGGAAACACAACAUUGCCCACAUGGACAUGGACCCGUCCAGAGGCCUGAUGGUCACCUGUGGAAGCGACCGCAUUGUGAAGAUCUGGGAUAUGACGCAGGUGGUUGGCUGUAGCUUGGCAACAGGCUUCUCUCCGCGCUGAUUGGCCGAGGCCCACUGCAUGGUCCUCCUCUUCCUCUUCAACCACCCCCAUCCGCUCUGUGCUCCGCCCACUCUUCCAAUGUCAUGGAAACCCCUCUGUACAGUAUAUCUCCCCUCUACGCUGGGGAUCGUCAGCUACAACGAGGCCUGCUCUCGGUGAACGUGUGUGUAUGUGUGUCUGUGUGUCUGUGUGUGUGUGAGUCAAUGGUGCUGCCCUCCACUUUCCUUUAGCUCAUAACUAAUUUGUCUAUAAUGUCUAACUGUCCAUCCCACCUGAGAGUGGGUGUGGCUUCAAUCUGAGACAGACCCCUAAGCACAAAGAGUUGUAUGUGUGUGUGUGUGUGUGUGUGUGUGUGUGUGUGUGUGUGUGUGUGUAUGUGUGUGUAUGUACGUGUGUGCAUGUAUUGUGACGACGCCUCCUGUUGGAGGACUGCUGUUAGUGUUUACAUUAUGAUAAUAUUUCCAAUGCUUUUUCUGACUGAGGUCAUUUUUUAUUACCCUUGCACUGUAAAGUUCACUAAGUCGCCACCCUGCCGCCCCCCCCCCCCCUCCCCCCACUGUACAAACAGACACUAGCUUCUUAUUGUGGCCCGUUACCUGCAUAUAAGUCACUGUAACAUGUACAAACCCCCGAUCAUGUGUAUAUAUCUCCUGCAUCGUAUGUAUUGUAGAUAGCUGCUUGAAUUAACUCUCACUGAUCAAAGUGAUCAGUUUGCUCUCCUCUUUGUUAGUUGAUUUUCUUUCACUAGUUGGCCUUAAAUCACUCUCAGGAGGUUUAUUAUCGUCGGUCACCAGGUGGGGGCUGCACGGUCGGUCACCAGGUGGGGGCUGAACAGUCGGUCACCAGGUGGGGACUGCACGGUCGGUCACCAGGUGGGGGCUGAACAGUCGGUCACCAGGUGGGGACUGCACGGUCGGUCACCAGCUUGGGGUUGUUAUAUCACGUCAGUCGUAAUCUUUAUUCGUUCUUGUUUUUCCUCAAAUCGACAAAUGGAACAACUUCUUCUGAAAUCUCUUUUUCACUGAAAAAAGAUGCUCCUGUAGAUAUUGGUUGAACUUGUUCUGUUUGCACGGCAGCUCCGACCCAGGAAAUUAGAUGUUGUUACCAUAGUAACCUGUACUAACAGUGACAUUAUUAAAUAUCCUGUCCAGGCAGGUGAAGUGAUGAGGUUAUCACGAUAAAUAACACACAUAAUUGUUAUCUUUAAGUAAAUAUGUAACUACUAUUUAACUGCGUUAAAAAUUAAGGAUAUCUUUUAAACCAAAUGAAUUAUGAAUCUCUAGUUUGAUCUCGCAUUUUAAGAGAGCACGGCUGGUACGCACUCUAGCAUUUUUCCGUUUCAACACUUAAUGCAUCGGGGCCUCUAAUCGCGAGCUGCAUUUAUUGAUCAGAACAUGCAGCAACACCAGGCUAGUAAAAGGCAUUGGCCUUAAACUGGGUCCUAGGUACCUAAUAUUGUUUUUAGUUAGCACAAAUUGUAAUCAAACUCCCACACACACACUGCCUACAUUUUAACAUAUUUGCCAGAUACAGCUCUCUACAAUGUUUAGAAUUUGGACUGCAGUACCCAUUUUAAACACUAGGUGUCGGAGCUACAUAUUGCCCCUUUAUAACCGGGUUACUGGUUUGUAAAGCAUCUCAGCCCCCUUGUGGCUAAACUGAGUAUUACAAAAACCUGUUUUCCGUAUUGGUGUUUUUCCUCUCUCGCCUCUCAGAUACCGAUCUUAUAGUUCUAAAAAAUAGCCCAGCAUCACCCCUUCCUAUAUAUCAUCACUCUCUUUAAAACUCUGUGUAGGUAGAUACCACACUCGUGAUUCUGAUGCCUCGUGCCGCCUACUCGUCUGUAUUUUCCUGAAUAUAAAUAAUUCCAAUUAUUUGUGGAGUCAAAUUGGAUUUUGUCCCCGUAGAAAGGCACUUAACAGGAAGGUACUCUAAAGUCAAUGUAGCACUAAAAGCUGAAUCGCGCUGCCUGUGUUCCUUCAAAUGCCUUAAAGAGCGAAGGACACACACACACACACACACACACACACACACAGAGAGCCUUUUUAGUCAGUAUAUCCUUUUCCGUGCUUACGACUGUUCACUUGCGCUCAUUCACUCUCCUGCUCUCACCUCUUUCUGGAGCUGUCUCCUUCCCUCUCUCUAACUCGGCUUCUCACUCUCCUUCUGCCCCCCGCCCCCCCCCGCCCCAACAUCUGUUCAUCAAGGAUGUCUCAUACCGCUCUCAUCAACAUGCACUGAAUUGCACAACUCUUUGUCUUUGACUCUGACUCAAAGAUCAUUUUUGUAAGUUCAUAUUUGGGAGGGAUACUUUGUUGAUUCGAUGUAGCGUCCGUGUAAAUAUCCGCGUGUAUCCUGUAAUGUUAGACUCAACGCUUGCCUUACUGUGAGUGGGAAAACGAGCAUUAUAUUGUCCAUUUCAAAAUGUAGUCACAUUCCAGGUUUAUGAUCAUGUAGUGUAUAUUUAUAUUUGUAGUAAAGUAUUUAUCUGUUCUCACGGUGAUUCACUUGUCUCUGUUCCCGUCAUGAGAUCCUGGUUAAACACACUAAAUCAUUUUCAACCCUCUUUAAAGAAGCACAUCCAAACACUCAUUGGUCAGUAUUUACAUCCCAACAUGGACUGAACACUCAAAUAUUCAGAGUUCGACUGAAACGCCAAGAUUUAGUAUAAAGGAUAACUGUCCACCCAAGUGGACACUGGAGGAACUGCAGCUUGUUGCACUUCCACAUCGGCUCCUUGUGUAUUUAAUAAUAAAAAUACUGAUUAAUUAACACCUAAUACAACUUAACUAACGCAGGCGAGCAGAUAUCCCGGUCCAACUCAUGCCACAAAGCUCCAUGUAGGAUCAACAGGGUAACCGACAGAGCUAUGGAAGCUUCGUCCAAUCAGAACUCCUCAUCAUGUCCUUUGUAAUUUAUGCAUUCGGUGAUGAAAGCCGUUUCUGAUUCUGCAGGCUUUACUCCGCAGCAGAUGCACCAGAAGGUGAAUUCCUCACGUCAUAACGGUCGACAUUAUUUCUUCAUGUUUGUAACUCCACAUCAUCACUUUGUUUAGAUCGCCCGUCAUUUCAAAGUCUCGUCAAUGGAUUUGUUUGGUCGCCGUCGUCUCUUCCAGAUGCUUGUGAGAGACGCUCGCUGUUCCAACACAGUGUUGUUCAUGUGUAUCUCUAAAUAAAUGUAUUUUUUAAAUACUUUUGUUGACGGUACAGAACUGACUUUAGUCUCUGUGUGUGCUCGAGACGCAGAGGAAAUACUCACUGCUUAAUAAAGAUGUACUGAUCUGUU